UCCCUGUGAGAAUCAUGCUUUUACUCAUGGAUUGUUUUUCAUCUAACAUAACAGAGCUGCCGCGAACACCAGUAUCCAGCAAAUGAAUAACUAUAUAACUAACUACUUGUGUAUUAAAACGGGUCGUUUGAACGUAUUUCUGCAGAGCAAAUCUAUUUGACUUUGUGUCGUCCAUUCUGGUUGGUGCUGGUGCAGAAGCGCACAAGCUCAACAUCAUGACGCCUCCAUUUUCCUUGGUUCUCUCCUUCAUGCCUCGUAAAUUUGCCAGAGUCUCUGGACACAAUAUAUUUCGGGUUAAACCUUCUGUCUGUGGACUGAGCAGCUUCAGCACGGACUCCAAAGACACCGACCGGGAUGUUUCAGAAGCGGCUCCUGCACCCGCUUCUCAGUUCUCUAGGAGAGUUCUUGGGAGACGCAGACCUCUGUCCCCGCUGGAGAGGGUCAGUCAGCUGCUACCCCAGGACAGCCUGAGCCCGGAGGUCUGGGGUCUUCGGGACACCAGAACCACCGAGGAGGAACCGAGCAGUCCGAGUCUGGAGAAGGAGAGAGAAGAAGAAACUCAUCAUCAUCAUCAGCAUCAUCAUCAUCAUCAUCAUGUGUGUGUUCCUGGAGAAAGGCUAAUGUGUUUCGGAGAGACUCUGAUGGCCGAGUUCAGACGAGCGAGAGAUGUGGAGUUUCGGAAGAUGUUCGAGCUGAAGGAGAGACAGAAGCUCUACAGUAAUUGGGGAUCAGUGGCUCAUGAUGACAUGGAGGGUCGUCCUGCGGGAAGCGUCAUCCGCACUUCAAAAGGAAUCCCGUUCGUCAUUCGGAGAGUCAGUCUGGAGGAGUUCGUGCUCUUCAUGAAAAGAGGACCAGCUAUUGCUUACCCCAAAGACGCCAGUGCGAUGUUGACCAUGAUGGAUGUGACUGAAGGAGAUUGUGUCCUGGAAUGCGGCUCCGGCUCUGGUGGCAUGAGCCUCUUCUUGUCCAGAGCAGUGGGAUAUAAAGGAAGUGUUUUGAGUGUGGAGAUUAGAGAGGAUCAUCAUAAACGUUCAGUAUUAAACUAUCAGCGCUGGCUUAACACAUGGCGUCGCCGGGGAGGACAGGAAUGGCCUGAUAAUGUCCACUUUCAUCAUGGUGAUAUCAUAUCUGCUGGCACUCUUCUGGCUGGACGGGGUUUGAACUCAGUUGCUUUGGAUAUGAUCAAUCCACAUUUGGCUUUACCUGUCGUGGUUCCUUACCUUCAUCCUGGAUCUGUGUGUGCAGUUUAUCAAGCAAACAUCACACAGGUCAUUGAUCUGUUAGAAGCACUGCGAUGCUCUGCGCUUCCUCUGGUUUGUGAAUGCAUAACUGAGGUUCAGCACAGGGAUUGGCUAGUUGUCCCAUCACUCAAAAAAGAUGGAACAUUCAAUAAGCGAAAAGCUCCAUAUGAAAAUGGUGAUCAGGAUGAACCAAGUUUAAAAACAGAAGAGGUUUUGAAUAGUCAAGAUGCAGUGCCGUUUGGAGAUGUCCAGUACAUUGCACGUCCGCAUCCUGAGCAGGUUGGUCAUACAGCUUUCCUUGUGAAAUUACGAAAGAUCCUGAAAUAGAUGUUUCACACGCCUAAUGUGUUCAUCACAACAACAGAGCUACUGUAUCUUGCCUACAAUAAAAAUUUAGCUAAAUUGUUUUGUACAUUUUUUUUACUUUUGUAUUUAAGCCAAAGAAUCUUAAUCUCUGUUGA